GAAAUGGGGUGGGCUGCCGCCCUGCGAGGAAUGCUGGGUAUUGUAGUUUUCGUGCUGACGCGGGGGGGAUUGUGUGUGCGCUUUUUCCCCGCCAGGGCCCCGCGCACAGGCCUUGCCGCCGGAGUCUGAGCGCGCUCCGGCCUUUCUUUCGCGGUGACCGUCAGUGGCGCCUUAAAGUCCUCGUGGUGGUUUAUUCAGCCGCCACGGCCGGAAAAAUAAGGGGAAAGCGGCGGCCGCUGCUCGACUUGCGGCGGGGGCCGGUUUGUUUUUGUGACGGAGGCUGAGGCGGCCGCGCCGACGACGAUCACAAAGGUUAUUUUGGAGGGACAGACCUCACCAUCUUUAAUGGGUUCUCUCCGUAUGUGUUGUGCACCGCAAGAAGUAAGCCCUAUUGAGUUUGUGUCCCACUGGGGCACUUGUUCCCUGCGAGCGUUAUAUAGGAACUGAUGAAGCUGACUUUUUGAGUUGUAUUUUGAAUGCUGAGAGGAAACGAAUACAAUAUAAAGAAUGACUGGCACAUUUGAGGCUUAUGGCAAACUGAGAAGGCAAAAAAGCUUGUGUACUUUAAACAAAAAACUAUAAGCUGCCACUUGAAAUAUUUCAGCCAUGACUAAAAGAGAAGCAGAAGAACUAAUAGAAAUUGAAAUAGAUGGAACAGAGAAGCAGGAGUGCACUGAAGAAAGUAUUGUUGAGCAAACUUACACCACUGCAGAAUUUGUGAGUCAGGCUAUUGAUAUUAAUGAACCAGUUGGAAACCUUAAGAAACUGUUGGAACCAAGACUUCAGUGUUCUCUGGAAGCUCAUGAAAUCUGUCUCCAGGAUAUACAGCUGGAUCCAGAUCGUAGUCUCUUUGAUCAAGGUGUCAAGACAGAUGGAACAGUGCAGCUUAGUGUUCAAGUAAUAUCCAGACAAGGAAUAGAACCCAAGUUAAACAUCCUUGAAAUUGUAAAGCCGGUAGAAACUGUUGAGGUAGUGAUUGACCCAGAUGCCCACCAUACUGAAACAGAAGCCCAUCUGGUUGAAGAAGCUCAAGUGAUAACACUGGAUGGAACAAAGCAUAUUACCACCAUAUCUGAUGAAACAUCGGAGCAAGUAACUCGGUGGGCUGCAGCAUUAGAAGGCUACCGGAAAGAACAAGAACGCUUAGGAAUACCCUAUGACCCAGUACAGUGGUCAACUGACCAAGUACUGCACUGGGUAGUAUGGGUGAUGAAGGAGUUCAGCAUGACAGACAUAGACCUCAAUACGCUUAGCAUUCCUGGGAGAGAGCUGUGCAGCCUUGGUCAAGAGGACUUCUUCCAGAGGGUCCCCCGGGGAGAAAUCCUUUGGAGCCACCUGGAACUUCUUCGAAAAUAUGUGUUGGCCAGCCAGGAACAUUCUGGAGAAAUAGUUACUAUUGAUCAACCUGUGCAGAUCAUUCCAGCAUCUGUACAGCCUUCUACUCCAACCACCAUUAAAGUAAUAAAUAGUAGUGCAAAGGCAACUAAAGUGCAGAGAGCACCAAGGAUUUCAGGAGAAGACAGAAGUUCACCUGGGAACAGAACAGGAAACAAUGGUCAGAUCCAGUUAUGGCAGUUUUUGCUUGAGCUUCUGACGGAUAAAGAUGCUCGUGACUGCAUUUCAUGGGUUGGUGAUGAAGGAGAGUUCAAACUCAAUCAACCUGAACUAGUUGCACAAAAAUGGGGACAACGUAAAAAUAAGCCUACUAUGAAUUAUGAGAAACUCAGUCGUGCUUUACGGUAUUACUAUGAUGGGGACAUGAUCUGCAAAGUACAAGGCAAGAGGUUUGUAUACAAGUUUGUCUGUGACUUGAAGACUCUCAUUGGCUAUAGUGCAGCAGAGUUGAAUCGGUUGGUCACAGAGUGUGAACAAAAGAAACUGGCAAAAAUGCAACUCCAUGGCAUUGCACAACCAGUUACAGCAGUUGCACUGGCUACAGCAUCUCUGCAGACAGAAAAAGAUAACUAAGUUCCAGGACCUGAAGGCUUGGGAGCAUGAGGCCUUUCUUGUACACUGAGCAGUUCCUGGUCUUGACAUGGGAGCUACUUUUAUUCCUUUACAGUUCCGUAUGAUGCAUGGUUUUUCUACAGAAAAUUGACUUGGAUAAAUGUGGAUCUUUUACAUGUAAAAGCAUAUAUUUCAUGUGUGUUAAGGGCACUCCACAGUUUCUUCAAUAUGAAGACAGAUCUCUUGUUGCAAGUAGUCUGGGAUUGAUAAGGAAAACCAAAAUUGGUUGAUGCCAUGUCAUGCCCCACUGAUAAUUUCUCAAGUGUGAAAAAAGAACGCUUUUCACUUUUGAAAGCACUUGAUAAUACUUUCAAAGUGACGCAUUACACAGCAUAAGCCAGUCAGUUAUUUGAAUUUAGUUCUCUGCACUUUUGUUCUCUAGCUACCAGAUACAAUGUAGUAUUUCUACAGAUAGAGCAGGCUUCUGUUAACCAUGUUCAUAAGCAUGCCAGGCUGUAAGAGAGAAACUGAAAAGUACCAUGCUCUAAGGCGAUUUCUCUGAUAAUUAGCAAAAGAAGUGAAAUAUAAGCAGAAGUGAAUAUCACUGCUGCAGCAAGAGAUCCAAGUUUGUCUGGCAAGGUCAAAAACCAAUUAUGAGUAUUUUAAUAUAAUAUGUAGAUAACAUGUAUUUGAGGGAACGUGCUUAACUAUCUUGAGAGACAUUGCUAGGCUUAAUGUCUGGCGCGUGCGUAUGCGCGCAUACACACACACACACUUCCCCAAAUUUUUCCUGUUAGGAGAUUAAAAACUUGAACUGCUUUCUGUCAUCCAAAGAAUAGGUUUUGCUUUGUUUUAAUCUACACUGCAGAGUAUAUCCAUAGAUUCUGCUUAUACUUGCACUGUAGCUGCCUUUGAACUGAAGACUUAAGUUGAUCGCAAGAGAAGCCCCUUCCUGUUGAAAAACCAAAUGUAAACUGCAGCUAAAUUGAGAAGAAAUGAAGUUUGACUUCCUAAUGUUAUAUGGACUGCUGUAUUAAAAUACAGAAGCAUGUAGUUCCUUUCUUUGCAUUACUUUGUUUCCAAGCUGCUGUUGAUGCUGUGGAAAUAAUAGUGUGUAUUAUUCAGAGUAAAUAAGACACAGAUCAGCAACUAGAUAACAUUUUUCAAAGUGAUAUCCCAUUUAAAUCCAGAGAGGGAGAUAACAGUGCUUUCUUGGCUUUGCAUUUUCUUCUUGGAUAUCCCAUAAAGCCUAGAAAGCACAUUUGUGAGGCUUCCCUCUCUCCCACCCCCUUCAUCUUCAUUUGUAUAGUGUAAAUAUUAUGUUCUGAAUGCAGCUUUUCAUUGAAUCAUCAUUAAAAGAACAAACUUAUUGGGAGAAGUUGUGGUUUCACUUAAUCAGUAAAAAUGCAGAUGCUAAACAGGAUCUUCAUCUUUCUGAAAGUGAGAUGACUCAAAGUGGCGGAUCAGGCUUACAGAAAUAAGCACUGAACAUAAAAUGUGACUUAGCCCUGGAAUUGUUAGACUGAAGCUGUAGUUUGUUAAGGCCUCUGCUGCUUCCACGGUCCUAGCUAUACUUAUUUUCAGACUACUUAGACAUGUUAGAGGGAAGAUAUUGGGGACCUUAAAUAUAACUUAGGUAAAGAAGGCAUUUUUUAUUUUGGGUGACAAUUGUGUCCAGUUAAUUCCAUUGGGUCCAAUGGGCCCUUUGUAGGAAUCCUUUAUAUAGGAUUCCAGUUUUUCACUACUUUUCACUGCUGUCCUUCAAACGGGUUGAGAAUACUUCUUCUGUUCAAGUCUGGAGGAUAAUUAUGGGAGAGAAAAGGCCAGUUUGAUCAUAUAUCAAGGAUUUGAACUGUUCUUGCACAGCAAGAGCCCUCAGAGUACAGGAAAGGAGAAGAAACUGGGCUUCAGGAUUGUUUGUGCAGCUCAAAAACACAAGGGAGUUCAGUCAAAACAACAUAACUCAUGUUACUAAUUCAUAACCACCUCUUUAAAAUGUGUACCAGGCGUCCUUUUUCUUAGUAGAAGAAGCAGCCUGUGAAACAGACUAGGCUGAUCACAUGUAUUAAUGCUAUCAUAGAUAUACUCUCAGCUAUGCACAUAAUAGAAUAAGCCAUAUUAGGGAACAUGGCAUAUGGCCUUUUAUAUACAUUGAUUUGUUUUUUGAAACUUUCAAUUUUCAUUAUACUUCCUUUGUAAGUUUGCUGCACUUGUAUUUUUUUCCCAUUUACAGAGUACUGAUGUAUUUUAAAAACAGUACAUAACUUGUAAAGUUUCUUGUGGGGGACAAUCUGUGACUAAUUUGAGGUCUUCAGUAGAAGAGAGGGUAGGGGUUAUUGUAUGUCAUGCAUUGUGUGGCUGUCAGAAGAAAAAUAUAGAAGGUAUAUUCCCAAAAUUUUGUAAAAUGGGGUUUUGCAUACAUUUUUACUCUUUAAGAACACAUACUCUGCUAAUUAUGUAUUUCUUUGUGUUGAAUUUUUUGGUAAUUUUACAUGAAACAAUUCUUUUCUAUUUUUACUCUAAAAUAUUUGUGCAUAAAAUUGUCAAUAUAGUAAAGUAAGAAAAUAAAAUUUUACACAGCAAAACA